GCGGAGCCUCUCGCGGCCAGAUGGAGGGCGAAGUGCCCGGCUUCCUACUAGCCCUACAGGCGAAGGGCAGACCCGAGGCGGUGCGGACGCGGGUGGAGGAGCAGGACUUACGCCAGUGCGGCCUAACGGGAAUUCAUCUACGCCCUUAUCAACUGGAGGGAGUCAACUGGCUGGCCCAACGCUUCCACUGUCAGAAUGGCUGCAUCCUGGGAGAUGAGAUGGGCCUCGGUAAGACCUGCCAGACUAUUGCUCUCAUCAUUUACUUGACAGGAAGGUUAAAUGAUGAAGGACCAUUUCUGAUUCUCUGUCCCCUGUCUGUUUUGAACAACUGGAAAGAAGAGAUGGAAAGAUUUGCUCCAGGUCUUUCCUGUGUAACAUAUGCAGGGGACAAGGAGGAAAGAAUACAUCUUCAGCAAGACCUGAAGCAGGAGUCACAUUUUCAUGUGCUACUGACUACCUAUGAGAUUUGCUUAAAAGAUGCACCAUUUCUAAAAUCCUUCACAUGGAGUAUUCUUGUUGUGGAUGAAGCUCACAGAUUGAAAAACCAAAGCUCUCUGCUGCAUAAGACACUUUCAGAGUUCUCAGUGGUCUUCAGUCUCCUGUUGACUGGAACUCCUAUCCAAAACAGCCUCCAAGAACUCUACUCUCUCCUCAGUUUUGUGGAACCUGAACUUUUUUCCAAGGAACAGAUGGAAGAUUUUGUUCACCGUUACCAGGAUAUUGAAAAAGAGUCCAAAUCAGCAAGUGAACUACACAACCUCUUGCAGCCAUUUCUGCUAAGGAGAGUAAAAGCUGAGGUAGCUACAGAGCUUCCCAAGAAGACAGAAGUAGUGAUAUACCACGGCAUGUCAGCAUUGCAGAAAAAAUACUACAAGGCUAUUUUGAUGAAAGACCUAGAUGCUUUUGAAAAUGAGAUGGCAAAGAAAGUUAAACUUCAGAAUAUCUUAUCCCAGCUUCGAAAGUGUGUGGAUCACCCAUAUUUGUUUGAUGGUGUAGAGCCAGAGCCUUUUGAAGUUGGAGACCACCUGAUUGAGGCUAGUGGGAAACUUCACCUGCUGGAUAAGCUGCUGGACUUCCUGCAUUCCAGGGGCCAUCGGGUUUUACUUUUCUCCCAAAUGACCCAGAUGUUGGAUAUUCUCCAAGACUAUAUGGAUUACAGAGGCUACAGCUAUGAGCGUGUGGAUGGUUCUGUGAGAGGAGAAGAGAGACAUCUGGCUAUAAAGAACUUUGGACAGCAGCCCAUUUUUAUUUUUCUCCUGAGUACCAGGGCAGGUGGAAUUGGCAUGAACUUAACAGCAGCAGAUACUGUUAUUUUUGUUGACAGUGAUUUUAAUCCUCAAAAUGACUUACAAGCAGCUGCCAGAGCUCACCGAAUUGGCCAGAACAAGGCUGUGAAAGUUAUUCGGCUGAUUGGCCGAGAUACUGUGGAAGAAAUAGUUUAUAGGAAAGCAGCCUCCAAACUGCAGCUCACCAACAUGAUCAUAGAAGGAGGCCAUUUUACUCUUGGAGCCCAGAAACCUUUGACUGAUGCUGACCUCCAGUUGAGUGAAAUACUCAAAUUUGGCUUGGAUAAACUGCUGUCUUCUGAGGGGAGCACCAUGGAUGAGAUAGACCUGGAGUCCAUCCUGGGAGAGACAAAAAAUGGCCAGUGGGUCUCUGAUGCCUUGCCUGCAGCCGGAGGAGGGAGCAGAGAACUGGAGGAGGGAAAGAACCAUAUGUACUUAUUUGAAGGUAAAGAUUAUUCUAAAGAGCCCAGUAAGGAAGACAGAAAAUCCUUUGAACAACUGGUGAAUCUUCAGAAAAUCCUUUUGGAAAAAAAAAGUCAAGAGGGCCGGUUACUCCGAAAUAAAGGCAGUGUUCUUAUCCCAGGCCUCUUGGAGGGGUCUACCAAAAGGAAAAGGAUUCUGAGUCCAGAAGAACUGGAGGAAAGACAGAAAAAAAGACAAGCAGCAGCAGCCAAGAGAAAGAGACUAAUAGAGGAAAAGAAGAGGGAAAAGGAAGAAGCUGAGCAUAAGAAAAAGAUGGCUUGGUGGGAGUCCCACAAUUACCAGUCCUUCUGCUUGUCCUCUGAGGAGAGUGAGUCCGAGGACCUUGAGGACGGGGAAGAUGAGAGUGCUCCUGAAUUGGGUUACGAUGACCCAGACCCAAACUCCAUCAAGUAUGUUAGUGGUGAUGUCACGCACCCUCAGGCUGGGACAGAGGAUGCUCUCAUCGUGCACUGUGUAGAUGACUCUGGCCGCUGGGGCAGAGGUGGCUUAUUCACCGCUCUGGAAGCACGGUCAGCUGAGCCAAGAAAAGUAUAUGAGCUGGCAGGGAAAAUGAAAGACUUAAGUUUGGGAAGUGUCCUUUUGUUUCCUAUUGAUGAUAAAGAGUCAAGAAACACAGGGCAAGAUCUGUUGGCCUUGGUAGUGGCUCAGCACCGUGAUCGCUCCAAUGCCCUGUCUGGCAUUAAGAUGGCAGCUCUAGAAGAGGGCCUCAAGAAGAUAUUUUUAGCAGCAAAGAGAAAGAAAGCAAGUGUUCAUCUUCCACGCAUCGGUCAUGCCACCAAGGGUUUUAACUGGUAUGGUACUGAGCGACUUAUUCGGAAACAUUUGGCUGCAAGAGGCAUCCCAACUUACAUAUAUUACUUCCCUAGAAGCAAGGCUGCUGUCCUUCAUUCACAGUCCCCACUUUCCUCCUCAGCACAGGUGGUGCCUUAACAAUUGGCCCAACACCAAAUCCAGUAUUUAGCAACCAGCUAUCAAGAUACUUAUCCAGAGUGACUGCUAUGAAUAUUUUAGAAAGGAAUCAGGCCAGAUGUGGUGGCGCAUACCUGUAAUUCCAGUGACUCGGGAGGCUAAAGUAGGAGGAUCACAAGUUCAGACCAGCCUCAGCAACUAGCAAGACACUGUCUCAAAAUAAAAAUAAGAAGGACUGAGGAUGUGGUUAAGCAUCCCUGGGUUCAAUCCCUGGUACAAAAAAAAAAAGAAUUGGAUUUGGGAACCUCUUGGAUAGUGUGUUUUCUGAAUUCAAAAUUUGUUCUCCUGGAUGUUACUCUGAUAUGGUACCUGUAAUACAGGAUGCACAACUUAUUUUGGAAAGCCCUUUGAUCUCAGUUUGCAUAACUAUUUGCAUAAUAAUAAGUUUUCUGCUCUUUCAUUGCCAUUUUAUUACUUCCCCCAUAUCUAGGUUUCUUCUCCUUCACCAGAAGUCUUUACAGAAGGAAAGAUUGUCUGGAUUAAGGAGAUAUGAAAGGAAAUAGAACAGGGUAUCUCUGGGAGAAGGAAGCACCUUCAGGCAAUUCAUGCCUUUAGGAGACAUCUUGGGAAUAGAGGCUGAGAAGCAGGAUUUUUGAUCCAGACAAGUGAAGCUUCGGUCCUUCUCUUUGCACUGUCUGUGUCUGUCAGAUGAAAAAGCACUUUGGCUUAGAGGCCUGUCAAGUGCAACUUCAGAAAAGCCAGUGAAUCUCCUUUCCCCUACCCACCAAAUCCAGUUCAGCUUCAUUUUUGUGAAAGUGGCACAAAACAGUCAUAGAUUGACUAGUGGUGCUGGAGAAGGUCAGUGCCCGAGAACCAAUGGGAAAGGAGUCAUGGGGAGAGUCCUUAUAAGUUUUACUUUUCAGUUUUGUAUGUGGAGUCUUAGUCUUGGGCACCUAUCCUCAACCAGCCUAAUUCUUAUCUCUUUGAGGCCUUCAACACCCUGAAUGCUGCAGGGUCCUCUUCCAAACUUGUUGCAAUGCUUUUAACUGCCUCCUGUCCACUUUUCUCCCCACCAGUAGUAAACACAUAGGUUAUUUUUUUAGUUGACAUAUAUUAUUUGUACUUAUUUAUGGAGUACAGUAUUCUGAUUUGACAUAUGCAUCAUAUAAUUGGUCAUGAUGUAUAAUAACCAGGUUGAAGUAAUUAGCAUUUCCAUCUCCUCAAAUAUUAUUAUUUCGGUGUGCUAGGAACCUUCAAACUCUUCUCCUGUAGUUAUUUUGAGUUGUAUAAUUUUUAUAGGCUAUUUUUACUAAGCUAUAGAACAUUGGAACUACUUCUGCCUCCCACCAAUGGCAUUUUGGUACCAUUAUCACCCUCUCCAAACCUCCCAUUUUCCUCCCCUUUCUAGCCUCAAGUGACCUCUAUUAGUCCACCAACUUCUAUAUAGUCAGAAUUUUUAGCUUCUACAAAUGAGUGAAAACCUUUGAUAUUUAUAUUUCUAUACCUGGUGUAUUUAACUUGACGCAGUAUCCUGCAGUUUUAUCCAUUAGCAUUACCUGGAUAGUUUCUGAACAUCUGAGAGAAGUAUCAUAACAGGGAAUUUACUACCUAAGAAAGCAUAGGUGACCUUUCCAUGGGCACAGUUUUUUUUUUGUUUGUUUGUUUGGUGGCAGGGGGCUUGUCAUCCUAUACUAUGUACCAUGCUCCAGCCAUGGGGGAUUUUACUAGGCAUAGAGCCUGUAUUAGUAAGGGUUCUCCAGGAAAACAACCAAUAGAAUAUAUGUUUAUGUAAAAGGAGGUUUAUUAGAUUGGCUAACAUGACACAGGGGCUAAAAAGUUCCACAGUGGCCAUCUGUAAGCUCUGGAGAGCCAUGGAAGUCAGCAGCAGCUCAAUGCAAGAAGCUAGAAGCCUUAGAAUGAGAUAUUAAUGGUGCAAUCCCCCCGCAGCCUAGGCCGAAGGCCCAAAACAUCCCCAGUCUGACUCCUUGAGGGUUGUUGGUACAAGUUUGUGUCCCAAAACAGGAAAACCUGCAGUAAGUUGUCUAAGGGAAGCAGCAGAAGAAAAUGAACCUUGCUUGGAAAGUAACAGGGAGAAAACAAUUUUCUCUCUUCUACUUCUUGUUUCAUCCAGGCCCCUAAACUAUUGGAUGGUGCUGUCCACCUUUAGGGUGGGUCUUCCCCAUUCACUUUGCUCAUUCAUAUGCCAUUCCUCUCUGUAAACACUCUCACAGACACACCCAGAAGUAUGUUUUACCAAUUCUCCAGGCAUCCUUCAAUCUAGUCAAGUUAACACCCAAAAUUAACCAUUGUAGAAUCCCCAGACCGUCUCCUGGUUAAUUGGGUCAAGUAACACAUGGAUAUAACCUCAGAAAACUAUCAGUAGGGAUGCUGGCAAUCCUAGCCUGGAAAGUUUUACAGUCUUCAGGGGCAUGUAGUCACUUAAAUAAGUACCAUAAAAUAGCCUUGCUUUGGAAAAAGGAUGUCAUGUAUCUCCCAGCAAUUGACCAUGAUGCUGUAGCAGAAGUGAGCUACUGUCUGAAUUUGAACAGCUAUAGGGGUCAGGAAACCCAGCAUAUUCCCAUCUCUAACUCCACAGACAUUUCACCAUACACCAUGGCCUAAUUAACAGAUGAAGAAAAUGAUCAAAAUAACAGGAAUAAGCCCUUCCUAUCAAUAAUGAGCUUGAAUGUAAACAGGCUAAAUUCUCCAAUUAAAAAAUAGGCUGAAUAGAUCAAAAAGCCAGAUCUAACAAUAUGCUUCCUAAAAAAGUUCAAUUCACAAGUAAAAACAUACAGACUGAAAGUGAAAGAAUGGAAAAUGAUGUUCCAAGCAAGUGGAAGCCUAAAGCUAGCAGAAGUAGCUACAUUUACAUCUGACAUAGUAGACUUUAAGAUAAAAUCUAUAAGGACAAAGAAAGUCACUAUAUAAUAAUAAUUCAACAAGAAGAUAUAAUGAUGAUAAAUCUAUGUGUAACUGAUGUCAGAGUAACCAGUUUUAUAAAAUAGACAGUAUUAGACCUAAAGGGAGAAAGUCCAAAACUAUAAUAUUGGGGAAUUUCAACACCCCACUUUCAUCAAUGGACAAAUCAUUUAGACCCUCCCCUGAAAAUCAACAAACAUUAGAGUUAAAAGUCAACAAAUAUCUUGACAAUAGACACAGAACAUUCCAUUUAACAGCUGCAAAGUACACAUUCUUUUCAUCAACUCAUGGAGUUUUCUCUAGAAGAGACCAUAUAUUAGGCCCCAAAACAAUUCUAAAUAAUUCUUUUUAAAAUGAAAUUAUAUCCUGUAUCCUUUCUGCUCACCAUGGGAAAAAAACAAAGUCAGCAACAAAAUAAAUUAGAGAAAUUAUACAAUUGCAUGACCACUGAACAACAUACAUUUGAAUGAACAGUGGUUUGUCAAGGAAGUCAGAAGAGAAAUAUUAAAAUUUGUGGAAACAAAUGAAAAUGAAAACAGCAUACCAUAACUUAUGGUAUACAACAAAACCAAUAUUAAGAGGGAAUUUUAUAGCAAUAGUGCCUACUUUAAAAAACAAAAAAAUUCAAAUAACCUUACAGUGCAUCUCAAUAAUCUAGAAAAGGUAGUACAAAUCACAUUCCAAAUUAGAAGAAAAAAAAAUAACAAAGAUCAGAAGAGAAAUAAAUGUAAAAGAGACAAAAAAGGCAAUACAAAAGAUCAAUGAAAUCAAGAGUUGGUAUUUUAAAAAGGUGAAUAAAAUCAGCAAACCUUUAGCUAGACUAACCAAGAGAAAAACAAGACCCAAAUAAAAUUAGAAAUGAAAAAGGAGACAUUACAACCAAUAGCACAGGAAUACAAAGGAUCAUUAGACAUUAUGAAAAACUACAUGCUAACAUUUAAAAAUCUAGAAGAAAUGAACAGAUUUCUAGACACGUAACCUAUCAAAACUGAAGAUUUAAAAAACCUGAAUAGGCCACUAACAAUGAGAUUGAAUCAAGUACUAAGAAGUUUCCCAACAAAGAAAAGUCCAGGACUGGAUAGCUUUAUGACUGAAUUUUGCCAAACUUUUUUAAAAAAAUGAAAUCAAGUUUCAACUUAGUUCAUAGGAUUGAAAGGGAAGAAACCUUUCCAAAUUCCUUCUAGGAGGCCAGCAUUAUCCUGUUUUCAAAAAAAGAUAAGGACAUGACAAGAAGAAAUAAAGCUGUAUAGACCAAUAUCCCUGAUGAGCAAAGAUGCAAACAACCUCAACAGAAUAAUAGCAAACAGAAUUGAACUGCACAUCAAAAAGAUCGUUUAUCAUGCAACACUUUUAGAAAGCCAUCUGACACUAUUAGUUAAAUUAAAGGGCAUGUACCUUUAUACCACUUUCCAAUCCUGAGUAUAUAACAAACAUAUAAAAGGACAUGCUUACAAAUAUGAAUUCACAACUGAUUUUCAUUACUGAAUAUGACUGACCAUACUAUUUGUUUAUAGCUGGCAUGUGUUCUAAUUAAGCUAGUGAAAUUAUUGGUUGGUUAGGAUCAUGCCAUGCUAAUGGCUAUUAUUUUUAAUAUCACUCCAGUAUGUAAGGGAUGCAUGUAUGCUUGCAUAUGUGUAUGUUUUGAAGUGGCAAAAAAAAACCCUUCUAGACAAGUUAAAUAUCCAGUAUGUAAGGGAUGCAUGUAUGCUUGCAUAUGUGUAUGUUUUGAAGUGGCAAAAAAAAAACCCUUCUAGACAAGUUAAAUAUCCAUUAGCAAAGGAGAAAUGGUCAAACAAAUGAUACAACCAUGUUGUAAAACAUUUUGUAGCCAUUUAAAAGUUGUUUUCUCAAUAAUAAUAAUAAUAAAAAAGCUAAAAGUUGUAGCAGAACUGGUGUUUGCCAGUGUGGUAUUCAUUCUUCCCUUUCAUCGUGUAACAAAAUGGUGGUUUUUAUUGGUGUAGGGUAUGUGAAAUGUAUCCAGUUAGACACUGACACAAUGUGAACUGUAGCUGUGUUUACAGUUAGAAGUGACCAUGUCACUCUAUAAUCCCAGGUACUCAGGAGGCUGAAGCAGGAGGAUCACAAGUUCGAGGUUAGCCUCAGCAACUUAGCAAGGCCCUAAGCAACUUAGCAAGACUGUGUCUCAAAACAAAAAAUAAAAAUGGCUGGGGAUGUGACUUAAUGGUUAAGCCCUCCUGGAUUCAAUCCCCAGUAUCCAAAAAAAAAAAAAGGUGAAGAAGUGACCAAGUCACUAGUUAAUGACUAUCGAUAGUGUAAAUGAAAGUUGCUAGAUAGAUUUUAUGAGAAAUCGCUUCAAACUUAGGGAGGUUUCUCAUGUUUCGGGCCAUAAGGAGUAUUUCAGUCCAGGAUUUUGCUCUUAUUUUAGACAAUUAGAAAAAGACAACAUUUAGAAAAAUUUUCAGAUAUGGGAUAAUAGAAAGCUCCAGGUCAUGGUCCCUAAAAGAAAAGAAAGUGAGCCUUUACCACACUCAGGCUUUCUUCUUGUAGACAAUUUCUGGACUACUAUACAGGGAGGACCCCCCACACACAUAAACACACACACAAAAAAAGUUGCAAAUUACCAAGUUAAGGAAAGGAAACCAAAGUUCAAGGAAACGAAUUUUGGCAUAGAAUUCCAAGAGGAAGGAGAUAAACAGAGUAACACUUACAGAUAUAUGUAUAGUGAUCUCUGUAAAUUAAUAACUGAAUGGGAUUCUGAACGGCAGGGUACAUUUCCAUGAGGCUACACAAGAUCAGCCUCCAGGGAAAGAAGAGUUUCCAGGAGGAAGACAAUUUCUAGAGAUCACAGUAGGCUAAAAAUCAUUAUGGUUCCCAUCAGCCAGAGUGGAAACAUGGGGAAAGCACCUUGAAUACUCAGAGAUGGAUAGGAGAGACCCCAAAGAUGCCAUGCCUUGGAAGUGGAGCCAAGUUAGCCCUGGAGUAGAGACCACUAAACACUCUGAAAGAACUCAAAACACAAGCCUCAAAAGAAGUAAACUGAACAAAUAACUGCUAGUGAGAACAUAGUCCAACAAUACCUUUUAAAAAUACUAAAAAUUCAGCAACCAACAAUGUAUAAUUCACAACAUCCAGUUCUGAUAAAACAUUACACAUAGGGGAGGAAACUGACCCAUAACCAGGAAAAAUAUCUUACAAUAGAAACAGACCCAGAAAUGAAGAUAAGAUGGAAUUGGCAGACAAGGAUAUUAAAACAAGCAAUGUAAGUUAUGCUCAUGUGUUCAAAGAUGUAAAGAAACAUGAAUAUAAUGGAUGAACAAUGGAAUAUGUAUGUGGACAAAAGAACUUGUAAAGAUAAUAAAAUACUCGAAAUAUUUUAUUGGUAUGAUUUAUAGAAGUUCAGAGACUGCAGAAGAAAUAUUAUACUUAAGGCAUAACAGAAUUUACCUAAACUGCAUUAAGAGAAAGAGCAAAAAAAAAAAGUCUUUGUGACUUGUACGAAUAUUAAACUAGCAUAGUAUAUGCAUAAUGGAUGUUUCACAAAUGGAUGAGAGAGAUUAGGGCAGAAAAAUAUUUGACAAAUAAUGUUUCAACGUUUAAUAUUUAAAUGCUCUAAACAGAGAAUACAGAAUCUUAAUGAACCUUGAGCAAGAUACACACACACACACACACACACACACAAAUCAAACCACCCCAGAAUUGUUACUCAAAACUAGAAAACUGACCAACUUGAAAAAGAUAUCAUACAUAGAGAAAAAAAAGACAUUAUACAGAUACAAGAGGAAAGAUAAAAAGUUUUACAGAUUUCAUGUAAGUCUAAAGACAAUAUAGCAACUUUCAAUUAUGGAAAGGAAAAGGGAAAUAAAGCCUGUCUACCUUGAAUUUUCAAUCCUGUGAAAUUAGCCUUUAAAAGGGAAGAAUAAAUUUUAAAAAAACCUUUUUUCUGGAUAAACAAAAGCUGAUAUAAUGAUGCAGAAUCAAGUCUGCACUGUGUAAACUGUUAACAUGAAGUUCUUAAGGCAAAAGGAGAAUGUUGUCACUUGUAAAUGUGUAUCUACACAAGGCAAUGAAGAAUGCUAGGAGACGAAUAUAAAUAGCAUAUAAUGGGCAUGUAAAAAAGACUUUCCCCUAAUUUUAAGGUCUUUAAUGGAAAAUUGACUUUUAGGAUCAACAUUUAGUGUGUGCUUUAUAAUAUGUAGCACUGAAAACGUGUGAUAAUAAUAGCACAAAGGACAGGAAGAGGAAAUAGAAAUACUACUUUCAAGGUAUAUGCGGAGUGUUAUGCCAUUAUUUAAAGGCAGAUUGUAAUAAGUCAAAGAUGCAUAAUUUAAACCGUAGAGCAGUGCCAGCAAAUGGAAAAAUGUGAGCCAUAUAGGUAAUUUGAAAUUUUCUAAUACCUACAUUAAAAACCUAAAAGGAACAUACAAUUAAUUUUACUUUUUUAAAACUUAACAUACUAUAUUCAAAACAUCAUUUCAAUAUAUGAUCAAUAACAAAAAAGAAAUCAAUGGAACAUCUUUAUUUUUCCUACUGACUUUGAAUUCUAGUGUACAUCUCAAUUUAAAUUUUCAUUAGAAAUACAUAAUCUAUAUAUAUAGUUGAAAAUUUAGAUUCCCAUACUCAAAUUAUUUUCAAUGUACUUGAAAUUUUCUAAUAGCUGAGUCAAAUAUCAAUUUUUUUACUUUAUUUAAAUUAAUUAAAAUUAAAUACAUUGGACUUGCAGUUUUAGCUCUGAUACUUAAAGAGCUUGGAAAUUGUUACUGUCAUUCUUAUAAGAAGAUAAAACCUUAAGUCUGAAAAAUCAAUUAUUUCUCUUGGAAUCAUCAGAGAAUUGAGGUUGUAGGGUAAAGUGCAACAGUGAAAUCUGGUGAGAAGCUAAUACAGAGAAUCACAGACAAGAUUCAUUUACAUAGAACAGAAGCUUCUACAGCCAUAAACUGAUAGAAACCAUUAAAUAGCAAUGUUGAUGAGCUGCUGGAGACUGAGUACAAUCUAAUGUGAGUGAAAAACUACUGAGGUCAGAGUCUUACAGAGGCCUCUGUGGGUCCUAGCUCCAGAAACCAUAUUGGGCCUUCAGGGUAAAAAGCUGAGAAAAAAAAUUUCCUCUUGUCUCUGGCAGGUGAGAGGGAAAGUAACCGUUUUGGAAUAUUCCAAAGCUUUCUCCAUAAUGAAGUCCAACUCUCCAAGGGCACAGACAUUACCAGAACCUUAUCCCACCUAGAGAAAAGGAUUUCAGUCACCUCUAACCUUCCUGCCUUACUUAAGAGGAGGCUACAUGGUGUUCACAGCCUAGAGAGAUUAAGAUUUAAUCACAAGAUUAUAGAUAUUUCUCCCUCAUAUUUUAUCACCACAUCAAUAGGGCUUAAGUAUAAUAACAGCAGAUUAUAGCUGGAAGAGCCUCAGGGCACAGCCAAAAUUUAAGGACUAAAGACAAGGACUUGGAGGAAUUUGAAACCUCUGGCACUUACAACAAACACCAAAUGGCCCAAAUCCUAGCCAGAUUAAAAAAAAAAAAAAAAAAAAAAAA